GACCUUCCGUACUGCUGCACCUUGCAGAGAUGUUCAGGACUUGACCAGUGGCGUUGCCAUGGCGCAGGUACUUCACCAAAUAGAUGUUGCUUGGUUUGAUGCAUCUUGGCUAAAUCGCAUUAAAAAUGAUGUUGGUGACAACUGGAGAAUAAAGUCCAGUAAUCUGAAGAAGAUACUGCAAGGAAUUAUGGACUACUAUCAUGAGUUCUUGGGUCAGCAGAUUUCAGAAGAGCUUAUUCCGGACUUAAACCAGAUAUCUGAGAACUCGGAUCCCACCGAACUGGGCAGGCUUCUGCAGCUUAUUUUAGGUUGUGCAGUCAACUGUGAAAGGAAACAAGAACACAUACAGAAUAUCAUGACCCUUGAAGAGUCUGUUCAGCAUGUUGUCAUGACUGCCAUUCAAGAGCUCAUGAGCAAGGAGAUAAUGGGUCCUUCCACAAGUGAUGCAUCAAGUGAAAUGGAACAGCAGCUUAAAAAAGCUUUGGAAGAUCUUCAGGAAGCACUAGCAGAGAAAGAAGAGUUGGCGCAAAGAUGUCAAGAGCUAGAUUUACAGGUGGCUGCCCUCCAGGAUGAAAAAAACAGCUUGGUGUCAGAAAAUGAGAUUAUGAAUGACAGGCUAGAGCAAUUAGAUGACUCUCUUGAUGAUCCAAAUACUGUGGUUGCAAAAAAGUAUUUUCAUGCACAGUUGCAGCUGGAACAACUGCAAGAAGAAAACUUCAGGCUUGAAGCUGCAAAAGAUGAUUAUCGUGUCCAUUGUGAAGACCUAGAAAAACAAUUGAUUGAACUGCAACAUAGAAACAAUGAACUAACCUCUUUGGCAGAAGAAUCUAGAGCCUUGAAAGAUGAAAAUGAUAUUCUUCGGACUACUGCAGACAAGGCAAGUAAGCUGGAAUCAACUGUUGAAGUGUAUCGUAAAAAGCUACAGGAUCUGAAUGACUUCCGCAGACAAGUCAAAUCUCUGCAGGAAACCAACAUGAUGUAUAUGCACAAUACAGUCAGUUUGGAGGAUGAACUGAAGAAAGCCAAUGCAGCACGUGCCCAACUAGAAACCUACAAAAGACAGGUCCAGGAGCUUCAUAACAAACUGUCUGAAGAAUCAAAAAGAGCUGAUAAGCUAGCAUUUGAAAUGAAGCGACUUGAAGAAAAACACGAAGCUUUAAUCAAAGAAAAAGAGAGACUGAUAGUACAGUGUGAUGCAUUAAAAGAGACAAAUGAAGAGCUCCGGUAUUCACAGAUGCAGCAGCAUCACCUGAGUCAAACAGGUGCAUCUCAUGUUAAAAGCCAUGAGAAUCUUGCUGCUGAAAUUCUGCCAGUGGAAUAUAGAGAAAUGUUUAUUCGGCUGCAGCAUGAAAAUAAGAUGCUUCUAUUGCAACAGGAAGGAUCAGAAAAUGAACGUAUUACAGAGCUCCAGGAACAGCUGGAGCAAAAGCAUCGGACAGUGAACGAGCUAGAAACUGAGAAAAGGCUAAAUGAAGAGCGUAUUGUGGAGUUACAGCAGCAGAUUGAAGAUCUGCAAAAGACUUUACAGGAGCAGGGAUCCAAGACUGAAGGAUCUAGCAACCUGAAGCAGUUGGCAGCACAUAUGGAAAAGUUGAAUGAAGUUCAUGAUGAGUUACAGAAGAAAGAGGCUGAUCUUGCAGAACUCCAACCUGAUGUUAGUCAGAACCCCCAGAAGAUUGGAGAGCUGGAAGCAGCUUUGCGGAAAAAAGAUGAGGAUAUGAAAGCAAUGGAAGAAAGAUAUAAAAUGUACCUCGAGAAAGCAAGAAACGUGAUAAAAACCUUAGACCCCAAGCUAAAUCCAGCAUCAGCAGAAAUUAUGUUGCUCAGAAAACAGAUAACAGAGAAAGAUAAAAAAAUUGAAGCACUAGAGGCUGAAUGCAAACUUGCUAAGUUACGUGAUUAUGAGGAAAAGCUAAUUGUAACUGCAUGGUAUAACAAGAGCCUAACUCUUCAGAAGCUAGGUAUGGAAGCAAGACUAGUUGGCAGUAGUGGUGCCUGCAGAGACGGUCCUGGACGCUCAUUCCUAGCUCAACAACGUCAUGUCACCAAUACCAGAAGGAAUCUUACUGUUAAAGUACCGGGUGCGACAUCUGAUUAAACCACAAGGACCAUGAGGAAAACUUAUAUGCUAAAGUGUCCUUAAAUGUUUUAUAGCUUCCACUUUAACUACUUGAUGAAAGAGGAGAUUAGAAUGGUGGGCAACUGCGAAUUCAACAUCAGAACCUAUCAAGGAGUGAUUAAAUUGAUCAGUGGUGUGUCUAGAAGUUAGCACAUAGUUUUCCAAGUAGAAGUAGAUUUAAUAACUGCAGUAUGUAUUUACAAGCACAACUUAAAAGAUUUAUAUUUGCCUUCAGAAUAUAUUGUAAAUAUAAAAAUCGGCACUCUAUAUUUAAAACUUUAUUUAAUGGGUUUGGGCUAGAAAGUUGACUUUUGUAAUGGGAAGAUAUUAUGCAAAAAUGUCCUUCAGGAAACUGGCAAUAUUGGGCAUUUUUGCUGGGCUCUUCUAAAAAUAAAUUUAAAAGAUUGGUACCAUGUUUUUAAAAAUACUUUUUUUAGAGUACAAAGUACAAUUUUAAAAGCAAGAAAAUACUUGCAUUUAUAGAAAAAGAAAAAAAGGUGUAGUACCAGUUGACUUGUUAUAUAACAAAAGACAGGAUUUGUUUUGUCAUCUCAAGUGAUUACUCAGUUUAUUUGAAAAAGAAAAGAUUAAGUUUGUGCAUAUAUACAUUAAGGAAAACCUGUCUUUAAGAUGUUGAAUUCACUAAAGCCAAAUAAGCUGUCUUUUCCUGUGUAAGAAAAAAAA